ACUCCUGGGAGUCUUUAGGAGAGAUAACCUAGUACCUGUGUUUACCCAACCUACCGUUCUUCAGACUGUCUUCCCAUUGCCUCAGUUAAGGAUUUCCACUCCAGAAUCUGCAGCUAAAUGAGGUAAGGUGUUUGGGUUAUUAUUUUUUAUAUGCUUCCUUUAAAUUAACACCACUGAAAAAAAAAAAGAACUGUCUGCUGGACUUAUGCCCACCCUACCGAGCCCCUCCCUUCCCAGUUUGGAACAGGAGCUAAGCUCAUUAGAUCAAAAGACUUUUUUUUAACAUUACAGUAUAUACUUCUAUUUACCUAUUUUGAACUUGCACCUUACUUAUGUGUUUAAAUAAUCUUGUGUUUAUGUUUGAUUGGGGCCAGAUCUACUACCUUUGCUCACGCAGAAUGUCAUUGACCUCACAUCCAGCCACUGGCUUCCUCAGAAUUACUCAAAGGUUCUGAGGACCCUUGUUAUUAUGAUAUAUCUAAGAGUAAUGAUUCUGUGGGUGAACAGUCUGCUGCCGUUGUUCCCAGAGAGGUCAUCUGUUCAGUAAGGCAAGGGGCAAGAAAGUAGACCUUCUCACUAGCACCAGCAACGUAUAACAGAGAGACCCUUCAUUAGGAUGGCGUUUCUGCUGUGUUUAGGGAAGAGGUAUUGAUAGUGAUUGUACUGAUGACAAAAAAUACUAAAGGAAUUUAUAAUUUGGCCCAGCUCUGUCCUCAAGGCAGUCUCUUGGCAGCUCCAGCAGUGAGGGGGGAUCAUCGCUCUCAGUCUCUUCUAAGUUAAAGCACCCGAGAGAAGGGAGCUCAAGUACUGAAUAGAUCAUGAUUUUGGAAGGAGCUGGCAGAAUGAGUAUCAAUUCCAGCAGCAACCUACUCCACCAGCAGCCUUCCUGGACAGAUGGAUAUUCCACGUGCAAUGUGUCCAGCAGUUUCUAUGGAACCCAGUGGCAUGAAAUACAUCCUCAGUACUGGACAAAGUUUCAGGUCUGGGAGUGGCUGCAGCAUCUCCUUGAUACCAACCAACUGGAUGCCAACUGCAUACCCUUCCAGGAGUUUGAUAUCAACGGGGAACAUCUGUGCAGCAUGAGCCUGCAGGAAUUCACUCAGGCAGCCGGGACAGCAGGGCAGCUGCUUUAUAGCAACCUUCAGCACCUAAAAUGGAACGGUCAGUGUGGAAGUGACAUGUACCAAUCUCAUAAUGUCGUUGUGAAGACAGAGCAAACAGAUCCAUCGUUAAUGGUGUCCUGGAAAGAAGACAAUUACCUGUAUGACAGUGGCUAUGGUAGCACAGUAGAGCUAUUGGACAGCAAAACGUUCUGUCGUGCUCAGAUCUCCAUGACGACACCGAGUCACCAGCCUCCUGAUUCUUCAGAUGUGAAAAAAACACAAGAUCAUACCCCAAAGUCCCACACCAAGAAACACAACCCUCGAGGAACUCAUCUCUGGGAAUUUAUUCGAGAUAUUCUUCUUAACCCUGAGAAAUACCCAGGAUUAAUCAAGUGGGAGGACCGGUCAGAAGGUGUCUUCAGAUUUUUAAAAUCCGAAGCUGUGGCUCAGCUCUGGGGGAAGAAGAAGAACAACAGCAGCAUGACUUACGAGAAGCUCAGCCGGGCUAUGAGAUAUUAUUAUAAAAGAGAAAUCCUGGAGCGUGUGGAUGGUCGCAGAUUAGUAUACAAAUUUGGAAAGAAUGCCCGUGGCUGGAGAGAAAAUGAGAAUUAAAGAUGUCAAGAAAUAACACUUAAAACACCUGGAUGUAAAUAUUCAAAGACUAUUUUCUUAUAUUUAUGUACCAAACUGGGGUGAAAAAACAAUUCUACUUCUGUCGGGAAGAAGGAACAUUAUCAUUAUUGGUGUUAAAAUUAUUUUAUUUGAAGUAUGUCCUGUAUGGGGAAAAAAUGUACACAGUUUUCUGUGAUAUAAGAUAACAUUAUAGAAUUAUGAUUAUUUUUCCCUUCUUGUGAAGUUUUUCUUUUUUCUUUUUUUUUUUGUUAAGUCAUACAGGCAUAAUGUGAUUUAUGACAAUGCUGUGAGUCAUGCAAAGAAAGGGAAGGAGCAAAAUACUAGGGCAUUUAGGCAGUAUGAUAAUCCACUUUGGAAGGCAACUGUAAGUGGAGAAACUGUAAAGCAUCUCUGAGCCAAGUAGUCUUCUUCCAUAACCAGCUGGUUUAUAGCUUUCAUUGGCCAAUAUCACUUGUUCCUUCCCUCCAAUUUCUGAAUGUUUCAACACUUUGCUGGCUUCCAGUUGCUUUUAUUAAUCCAGACAGUGGGUUCCCCUUCAGUUGGCUUGUCCCAGCCUUGAGAGCAGUAGCUCAGCAAGGUGGGGUGUGAGCAUUUACUUGGAGAACCCAUACUACCUCCACCACUGGGACCUUCUUUUGUAGGCAGAAGUUUAGGACUGGACCUUGCCUGGUACUGAGUAUCCUCCCUAACCUCCAAAGGGCAUUCAGCUCACACCAUGAAAAGGGCUAUUUGUUUAUGACUGACUUUAACUAUCUUUGAAGUAGACUGCAGGAAGAGAGUCAAUCUCAGGGACUAAAAGCCAUUAGAGGAAGAUGACUGUUUUCUAACUGGGCAAACUUACCAAAAGACACCAGUUUCCCAGUAGAGAGAAUACUCUCCCCUACCUGAUUCCUAACUAAAGCACAUCCAUGGCACAUAAAGCAAUGAGGAGGGGGGCAAGCAGAACAUGUGUUAAUCCAAUGGCACGAGGGAGAAGCCUCCCCAAGUUCCUUCAAGUCCUAUGAUUCCUGGCAGGUCAAGUCUCAUUUGGACAUAUAUUUUCAGAUAACCUCCGAGAAAUGUAAAACUCCGUUGCAUGUAAAAUAUGAGUUCUCUUUGCUUUUCUCAAGUCUAGCUCUUUGUAUUUGUAUUUGUUUGCUUUUUUUUUUUUAAUUAUUUUUUAUUUUUUGGCAUUCUUAGUUGCAGAAAAACCCACCAACAUAAAGACACUGAGACACUGGGGAUGCUUGAAUCUGGGUUUGGGUCAGUAUUUUGGGCUUGUCUCUAGCUGUGCCGUGCAGAGACUGAACAUUCAUUGGCAGCUUUUUCUUUCUCCAAUCCAACUCACAAAUGCUUCCUGCUGGCAUCAGGCGCAGGCAGAACAUGGGGAAAUAAAUCUAGAGGAGGCAGCUCUUCACCAGGUCACUGAGUACAUGAGAUGUGGGAGUUGAGAAACAGGAUUUUCUUGGUUAACAGAGGUGAAACAAAGAUCAAUUCCUAUUCACUAUUUCAAGGAUUGGGAAUUUGGAAAGCAGUGGCAAUUACAGGGGCUGAGAAAUCCAGGGGAAAAGAAAAAAUAAUAUUAAAUCCAUCCAAUAUCCAUUUCCUCAGACAUCUCUUGGAUUUGAAUCCAAAUUAGCCAGAAAUGCAGCAGGGUGCAGCUGGAGGUUGUAAGCUAUUCCAUUUUUUGUUUGUCUUAAAAGGAAAUGGAGAUGAAACCAAGAGACAACAGAAGUAUCAAUAUAAAUGGCAUCAAAUGUGCUUAGCAACAAUUUGUAGGCAAACAUUAGAGCCUAACUUGUUAUCUACACAUGUAGGGCAUGUCUAACAAUAGCACCACCUCCUACAGUGUGUGUGCCAAAGCUGUCACCAUCAAUUACCCGUACAAGACAAUUUUUACUUUUCAUAACCUGGGUGGAGAGAGGUUCGUCUAAUUUACAAAUCAAGUUAUAAGUCUCAGUACUUCAAAGCAUUUUUUUUCUUUCAGUGUAUCUCUUUUUUUUUCUUUCUUUCUUCUUUUUUUUUUUUUUUGGACUGACUGUGCCAGCCUUGCUUGCUUUUGCGCAACUCACUAAUUUCCUCUUUUUUCAGCUUGAUUGGCUACAUUCCACUCCAUUUACCAUCAUUUUGUAGUUCAUACAGCAAGAACCAUGCCACCAGAUGAGGAGAGAGCCUUCACUUUGUUCCAAAGAUCGUCACCUUCCUCCCUCCAGCCCCACAGUUAUUUGCAGCCCUUUCAUAGGAUCAUAGAAUCAUUAAGGUUGGAAAAGAGCACUAAGAUCAUCUGGUCCAACCAUCAACCCAUCACCACUGUACUCCAGGCUUAUCCCCCUACACAUUCCAAUCCACCCUUGAGUGAAAGCCUGAAAUCAGUGCCACCGUCACAAAUCCCCUGGCACCCAGAUUUCAUCCUUUCUUGCUCUGGAAGCAAAAAGGUAUAGCUGAUGGCCAUAGCCAUGCUGUUGUGCUAGAUCUCAGGUUAACUCGUGUCUUACUGAUUAUCAUACCUUCAAAAACUGCUUCCUACCAGAUCUCUCAGCAACUUCCCGGGAAAUACACUGAACUCGUGGUAUAGAUGUCUCACCUCUUUUUUACUGAGCAGCAGCUAAACAUGCUUGUAAAGGUUUUGAAAAUAAGAAGCUUCACGUAAAGCCCACUAUAAAUCCAGACAGUGAUUUAUGCUGGGUUGCAGUACAAAUGCCAGUCUUUUACUGUCAUGUCUUUCAGCAAGCGUGGAAGUCAUGCAAGUUUACAUUCCCAUUCUGUAGAACUUUUCAGACUAGGUACUUGUCAUUCAGCAUUACAAUAGCACAAACCUGGAAUAGAAGCCAGCCAACUUUUACUAUGUUUCACAAAUAUAUUAACCCUCGCCUAAGACAAACACAAAGGGCUGUUUAAAUCUGCAGUUCUUGCCAAGGACAGAUGCAACCAACCAAAGGGAAUCUUUUUACCAGGCCUAAGCAAAUGGAGAAAAUGAAGAGAUGAAUGUUUAUGUAAAUUACUAUUUAAACAAAAAGCAUUUCUGAUUGCUCUUUUAUUUUGUAUUUCAGAAGCUGAGCAAUCAUAUUUUUAGAUGUAUCCUUUAAUUUAGCAGCUGCUCAACUGGUAGCACCAUGUGUAUAGAUUUUUAUUGUACCAUAAUUUUUCAUGUGUAUAAAGCUCUAGAUAGGAAAGUAUAUUAUAUUUAUAUAGAUACAUGCAAAUUACAGUGUCAGAGGUGUCGGUGUGAGCACCCCUCCAACUCUAUUUUCUGCACGAGGUUAGAGCAACUUACUCUUAAAACAUCCUGAGAAAAUAUAUGUAGGCUGGUGAACUGCACAGACAUUAACAUGUUUAGUUACGUUUUUGUCUUUCUUUCUGAGGCGAAUUGCAUAAUUCUUGCUUGCUUCUCACAGCUUCUUCAACAUACACAUGUGGAAAAAAGCCCACGUGAGAUAUUUCUCUAUUGCCAUUGUAAAUCUCAGCUUGGAGACUAUGUAUCACAGAAUGGUUAUAAAGACUGUUUCUAUUUUUGUGGUCAUGAUAUAAAUUCAAAUAAAUGACUCGUGAAAGAAA